CUAGCUCAUUAUCAGGCAGCCAUCUUGGUCAACACCCACUCUGCUGUCUGUCAGAGGAGCAGCGACUCACUGCCUGCACACAGCCAAUCCUGUGAGGGUUAGCCGAACGAGAGGAGAGGGGCGAAGGCAGAGCCCACCAAAAGGAGAAGCUGUAAUUCCAGCAGAGCAGAGAUCUAGCGUUGUUAUCCCAGUAGCCAGGCCGCGCCCAGGCAGAGACCUAGCGUUGUUCUCCCAGUACCCAGGCUGUGCCGCGCUGCAGAGAGGAGAGAGGAGAGGGCAGGACUGCAGCUUUUGUUGAGACAGACGCACAGUGGUGUUUUUUUCUCCUUACUCAUCCGAAAGGCAGGAGUACGUGAAGGGGGAGGAGGCACGGAGUGGAAGAAAAUAACGCCGUCCUUUCUUCUAUCUGAAGAGUUGGACACCGUUCUGUCCUCUUUCUCUCAUCUCUUCAGUCCUGUUCCACUGCUGUGGUUCGGCACAGACAUUUUCUCUCCAUCCCCCUCUUUUCGGCCUUUGUGUCGCCUGGACAGAGAGAGCGUUCCUGCUUUGUUGCCAUUCUUCUCUCAGCCCUCUAUUCGCUGAGUCAUCAUGGCAGACGUGACUCCUCAGGCCGAUGCCCCGACCCCCACCACUGACAAGAUCACGCAAGCCGCCCGGGAAACCAUUUACCUGUGCAACUUCCGUGUGUCUGUGGACGGAGAAUGGCUCUGUCUCAGGGAGCUCAACGACAUCUCCCUCACCCCGGACCCAGAACCAGCCCACGAAGGUAGGUGACUGACAGGGGCUGAGGCUGACCUAGUCUAGGAUGGUGGAGGGGGUGUGGGGGAUGGGGCCCUGUUCAAGAGGAUGCAACGUUACUGCAUCCAGGGCCCAUAUUCAUAAAAACUAAUCUCAGUAGGAGUACUGAUCUAAUAUCAGCCUUUUAGAUCAUAAUAAAUAACACGGACAGAAGGACUUGAUUCUAGAUCAGCACUCUUACUCUGAGACUCUUUAUGAAUACAGGCCCAGGUCAUGGUAAUGUAGUCACGUCAGAAUACAGGCCCAGGUCAUGGUAAUGUAGUCACGUCAGAAUACAGGCCCGGGUCAUGGUAAUGUAGUCACGUCUGAAUACAGGCCCAGGUCAUGGUAAUGUAGUCACGUCAGAAUACAGGCCCAGGUCAUGGUAAUGUAGUCACGUCAGAAUACAGGCCCAGGCCGGUCAUGGUAAUGUAGUCCCGUCAGAAUACGCCCAGGUCAUGGUAAUGUAGUCCCGUCAGAAUACAGGCCCAGUCAUGGUAAUGUAGUCCCGUCAGAAUCAGGCCCAGGUCAUGGUAAUGUAGUCACGUCAGAAUCAGCCCAGUCAUGGUAAUGUAGUCCCGUCAGAAUACAGGCCCAGGUCCAUGGUAAUGUAGUCACGUCAGAAUACAGGCCCAGGUCAGGUAAUGUAGUCACGUCAGAAUACAGGCCCUGGUCAUGGUAAGGUAGUCACGUCAGAAACAGGCCCAGGUCAUGGUCAAUGUAUCACGUCAGAUCAGGGCCCAGGUCAUGGUAAUGUAGUCACGUCAGAAUACAGCCCAGGUCAUGGUAAUGUAUCACGUCAGAAUACAGGCCCAGGUCAUUGGUAAAUGUAGUCACGCCAGAAUACAGGCCCAGGUCAUGGUAAUGUAGUCACGCCAGAAUACAGGCCCAGGUCAUGGUAUGUAGUCACGCCAAGAAUACAGGCCCAGGUCAUGGUAAUGUAGUCACGUCAGAAUACAGGCCCAGGUCAUGGUAAUGUAGUCACGUCAGAAUACAGGCCCAGGUCAUGGUAAUGUAGUCCCGUCAGAAUACAGGCCCAGGUCAUGGUAAUGUAGUCCCGUCAGAAUACAGGCCCAGGUCAUGGUAAUGUAGUCCCGUCAGAAUACAGGCCCAGGUCAUGGUAAUGUAGUCACGUCAGAAUACAGGCCCUGGUCAUGGUAAUGUAGUCACGUCAGAAUACAGGCCCAGGUCAUGGUAAUGUAGUCACGUCAGAAUACAGGCCCAGGUCAUGGUAAUGUAGUCACGUCAGAAUACAGGCCCAGGUCAUGGUAAUGUAGUCACGUCAGAAUACAGGCCCAGGUCAUGGUAAUGUAGUCACGCCAGAAUACAGGCCCAGGUCAUGGUAAUGUAGUCACGCCAGAAUACAGGCCCAGGUCAUGGUAAUGUAGUCACGCCAGAAUACAGGCCCAGGUCAUGGUAAUGUAGUCACGUCAGAAUACAGGCCCAGGCCAUAGUAAUGUAGUCACGCCAGAAUACAGGCCCAGGCCAUGGUAAUGUAGUCACGCCAGAAUACAGGCCCAGGUCAUGGUAAUGUAGUCACGUCAGAAUACAGGCCCAGGUCAUGGUAAUGUAGUCACGUCAGAAUACAGGCCCAGGUCAUGGUAAUGUAGUCACGUCAGUAACAGCCCGGUCAUGGUAUGUAGUCACGUCAGAAUACAGGCCCUGGUCAUGGUAAUGUAGUCACGUCAGAAUACAGGCCCGGGUCAUGGUAAUGUAGUCACGUCAGAAUACAGGCCCAGGUCAUGGUAAUGAUGUUCUCUCUGAGCCAUGGAGGAGGAGAGGGGUGUGAUUAGGCUACACUGUCACGUAAAUCAUCCUGCUGUCCUGCAUGUGGGGUAGUUUAAAUGUGGUCACCCUAGGUGUGGUGAGGUGCUGCUUGGAAUUAAGGUGCAUCUUUCAGAUGAGGUCUUGUGUCUGUAGGGAUCCUGUGUCCUGUAGGGAUCCCGUGAUACAGACAUCUUGGUGUCAUUAUACCGUGUGCUCCCAAAAAAUGAGGUAUCGCUACAUUCUUAAAUACAAUUUUACCAAUGAUUUUAUAUAAACCCUGGAUUGCUGAUGCUAUGAAUUGGCCAAUGAGAGGCUUUGAAGCCACCGGUCGGCCAUAUUGGCACUCCCCAGUAGGAGCAGUCCUCCAUAGGAAUGAAUGGAAUUCUACAGUAUUUCAAUUCAAUGUUUCAAGGACAAAAUUACAUCUAUUUAGUUGUUGUAGUGGGGACAAUAACAUUAGUAAUCUCUAAAAAUAUAAAUUUUAGUUUAGGUCAUAAUAGAAUGUUAAAGUAUGCAAUUAAGGUGUCUGUAAUAAAAUAAACGAAUGUAGACAUUAAUAAAUGGAUUUCUAUUACUUCAAAAAAAAAAAAAUUUUUUACAACGGUGGGGAAUACCAAGAUGGAGGUGUGGUCGCUUCAACACAGUACCCCCAAAUCAGUCCUCUAGUGUGUUUAUAUAAAUCAUUUCAUUUUACACAUUCAUUUAUUCAACAUCAAUUUUGUUCGUUUUUUUUAGACAUUUGUUUUAAACGAUAUACUCUACAAGUACAUCACAUUUCCAGAGUGGGCUCUCUGCUACUUUUAAUGUUAAGAUACUUUUUAUGAGCACCACCACAAACAGUGAAUCGGAAAAUAGUUCAAUUGAACUCCCUCUGCUGGUGAUUUGCUGAAUGUGCAAUUCUACAGGAGGGCUGUGAUUUGGUUUCUGUAUAAAGUUGAUAAUUUCUUCAAAAGUAGCAGAAAGCCGACUCUGGAACGCUGAUGUGCCUGAAGAGUACAUUGUGGCCAAACAAUGUCUAAAAACAAGCAAAAUCAAAAAGGGAACUUUUGAGAUACUACUAAUAUUUUUUUAUGUUGAAUAAAUUAAUGUGAAUUUUAUUUCAGAAUAUAGCCAUACACCAUAUGUUAGAGCGCUCUAUGAGGACUAUGAUGACACCAAGAUGUGGUGUGUAUCAUGUCUGUAUCAUGUAUAAUAAUAUAAUAUAAUAUGCCAUUUAGCAGACGCUUUUAUCCAAAGCGCAUACAUUUUUACGUAUGGGUGGUCCCGGGGAUCGAACCCACUACCCUGGCGUUACAAGCGCCGUGCUCUACCAAUUGAGCUACAGAGGACCACAUGUAUGUAUGGUCUGUACGGGUCACGGAUCAUAAGGUCUUACAGGAGGCAUGUAAGACCUUCUCCUGAGUGGCGCAGUGGUCUAAGGCACUGCAUCGCAGUGCUAACUGUGCCACUAGAGAUCCUGGUUCGAAUCCAGGCUCUGUCACAGCCGGCCGCGACCGGGAGACUCAUGGGCGACGCACAAUUGGCCCAGCGUCGUCCAGGGUAGGGGAGGGAAUGGCCGGCAGGGAUGUAGCUCAGUUGAUAGAGCAUGGCGUUUGCAACGCCAGGGUUGUGGGUUCGAUUCCCACGGGGGGGCAGUAUUAAAAAAAGAGAAAAAGUAUGUAUUCACUAACUGUAAGUCGCUCUGGAUAAGAGCGUCUGCUAAAUGACUAAAAUGUAAAAUGUAAAAUAUGUAUAUACAGUGCAUUUGGAAAGUAUUCAGACCCCUUGACCUUUCCACAUUUUGUUAUGUUACUGCCUUAUUCUAAAAUGAGUUAAAUAGUUUUUUCCCCUCAUCAAUCUACACACAAUACCCCAUAAUGUCAAAGCAAAAAUAGAUUUUUAGAAAUGUUUGCAAAUGUGUAUUCAGACCCUUUAUGUGACUCGAAAUAGAGCUAAUUUUCAUCCUGUUUCCAUUUAUCAUCCUUGAGAUGUUUCUACAACUUGAUGAUGGAGGCCACUGUGUUCUUGGGGACCUUCAAUGCUGCAGACAUUUUUUUUGUACCCUUCCCCAGAUCUGUGCCUCGACACAAUCCUGUCUCAGAGCUCUACGGACAAUUCCUUCGACCUCAUGGCUUGGUUUUUGCACUGUCAACUGUGGGACCUUAUAUAGACAGGUUUGUGCCUUUCCAAAUCAUGUCCAAUCAAUUGAAUUUACCACAGGUGGACUCCAAUCAAGCUGUAGAAACAUCUCAAGGAUGAUCAAUGGAAACAGGAUGCACCUAAGCUCAACUUCGAGUCUCAUUGCAAAGGGUCUGAAUAAUUUCUAACAUCCUGUUUUCACUUUGUCAUUAUGGGGUAUUGUGUGUAGAUUUCUGAAGAUUUUUAUUUUUUAAAUCCAUUUUAGAAAAAGUCAAGGCGUCUGAAUGCUUUCCGAAGGCACUAUAUAUCUUUUCAGAAUUCCACAUGCACAGUCUCAAUUGGGGUAUUUGUCCCAUUUUGUGAAUUCUUGGUUGGUGAGUGGACCCCAAACCUCACAAUCAUAGAGGGCAUUGGGUUCUAUAACUGAUUGAAGUAUUUUUAGCCAGAUCCUAAUUGGGAUGCUGAGUUUUAUGUUCCAUUUGAUGGCAUAGAAGGCCCUCUUGCCUUGUCUCUCAGAUCGUUCACAGCCUUGUGGAAGUUACCUGUGUUGUUGAUGUGUAGGCCGAGGUAGGUAUAAUUAUUUGCGUGAUCUCGGGCAACAGUGUCUAUAAGAUGUAUUUGUUGUCUUGUUAACUGGACCUUUUUGGAACACCAAUAUUUUUUGACUUACUGAGACUUACUGUCAGGGCCCAAGUCUGACAGAAUCUGUGCAGAAGAUCUAGGUGCUGCUGUAGGCUCUCAUUGGUUGGGGAGAGAAGCACCAGAUCAUCAGCAAACAGUAGACAUUUGACUUCAGAUUCUAGUAGGGUGAGGCCGGGUGCUGCAGACUGUUCUAGUGCCCUCGCCAAUUCGUUGAUAUAUAUGUUGAAGAGGGUGGGGCUCAAGCUGCAUCCCUGUCUCACCCCACGGCCCUGUGGAAAGAAAUGUGUGUUUUUUUGCCAAUUUUAACUGCACACAAGCCUAAGAUCACCAUGCUCAAUUCCAAGCGUCGGCUGGAGUGGUGUAAAGCUAACCGUCAUUGGACUCUGGAGCAGUGAAAAUGCAUUCUCUGGAGUGAUGAAUCACGCUUCACCAUCUGGUAGUCCGAUGGACUAAUCCGGGUUAGGCGGAUGCCAGGAGAACGCUACCUGCCCCAAUGCAUAGUGCCAACUGUAAAGUUUGGUGGAGGAGGAAUAAUGGUCUGGGGCUGUUUUUCAUCGCUUGGGCUAGGCCCCUUAGUUCCAGUGACGGGAAAUCUUAACACUACAGCAGCCAACCCCAAUAAGCGGCCUGCGGGCCAGAUCCGGCCCGCAAGAGCAAAAUGUCUGGCCCACACUGACAGCAUUGGCAUUCACUUGUUAUAAUAAACAUGAAUUUAAUAUCCACGGCUCUGCUUUACCGCGUGCAUACGUAAGACAUGGUGGUCCUCUGUAGCUCAGCUGGUAGAGCACGGCGCUUGUAACGCCAGGGUAGUGGGGUUCGAUCCCCGGGACCACCCAUACACAAAAAUGUAUGCACACAUGACUGUAAGUCGCUUUGGAUAAAAGCGUCUGCUAAAUGGCAUAUUAUUAUCAUAUUUUAUUAUUUAAGACAUGCUUUGCGCGCUUUGCGUACUCGUCUCCACUCGACUAGCUACCCAGUGUAGUGUCACACACACACAGUAGCCGCAGCCGCUCGCCAGUUAACCCUCUUUCAUCAAAAGGACUGACCACUUCCUCACAAAACAUUAUUAAAUCCAGUCAAACCAACAUGGCAUUGGCCAAGAUACGCAAGGUAGACCAGGGAGAAACCGUCAGUAAAAACUGACUGGACUGAGAGGUAUUGCUUUUUUUUUACCGGACCACAACAGUGCUAUGCCCACAUGCUUAAUAUGCAUUCAGACUGUAGCUGGAAUCAAAGCGGACAAUCUGAAGCGGUAUUUUAACUCUCUUCAUGCUGCCAGUUUUAAUGCAAACUACCCAGAAAAAUCUGACCAGCGCAAACAAAAAAUUGCAAGCGUGUUAACGUCAUACAAGCACUCGGGUUUUAACGAUGUGUAAAACAACAUAAUUAAAUUGUUGGUUUUGGACUAAUUUAGUAUUUUUCAUUUUUCUCUUAUGUGACUCCUAACACCACUACUAAUAAUUAUAUAAAAUCACAAUAGAAGUGAAUUCUGAUAAAUCAUAAAACUGUCGCCAAAAAAACAAACAUGUUGGCCCUCGGCUUGGCAUGCCUGACCAAAUAUGGCCCUUUUGGAAAUCUAAUUGGGGAACCCUGCGCUACAACAUACAAUGACAUUAUCAUCUUGCCAUCAGACUCACUCUCGCUCUAUUCAAAGGGCUUUAUCGUCAUGGGAAACGUAUCUUUAUCGUCAUGGGAAACGUAUCUUUAUCGUCAUGGGAAACGUGUCUUUAUCGUCAUGGGAAACGUAUCUUUACGUUGCCAAAGUAAGUGAAAUGGAUAAUAAACAAAAGUGGAAAAACAAUAAAAAAUGAACGGUAAACAUUCCACAUCUCUCUCUCUACCUCUACCAUGGCUCUGUUGCUUUAUUCUCUCUCUGUUUCCUGGCCAGUACCCUGUUGCUGCAAGGACCUGUUGGGUAGAGCUCAGAGCUAUGCCAGGGUUAGGCCUACCUCCCCCCACAGAACUGCCAAACCGGCUCCAGCCUGUUCCUAGGAUUUGUAAAUAUACUGAUCAAACAUAUUAACGCAACAUGCAACAAUUUUAAAGAUUUUACUGAUUUACAGUUCAUAUAUGGAAAUCAGUCAAUUGAAAUAAAUAAUUAGGCCCUAAUCUAUGGAUUUCACAUGACUGGGCAUGGAUUCAGCCAUGGGUGGGCCUGGCCCAGUCAAUCAGAAUUCGUUUUUCCCCACAAUAGGGCUUUAUUACAGACAGAAAUACUCAUCAGUUUCAUCAGUUGUUUGGGUGGCUGGUCCCACAGGUGAGAAGCCGGAUGUGGAGGUCCUGGGCUGGCGUGGUUACACUUGGUCUGUGGUUGUGAGGCCGGUUGGACAUACUGCCAAAUUCUCUAAAGCUGCGUUGGAGGUGGCUUAUGGUAGAUAAAGGAACAUUCAAUUCUCUGGCAACAGCUCUGGUGGACAUUCCUGCAGUCAGCAUGCCAAUUGCUCACUCCCUCAACUUGAGACAUCUGUGGCAUUGUGUUGUGACAAUACUGCUAAUUUUAGAGUGGCCUUUUAUUGUCCCCAGCACAAGGUGCACCUGUGUAAUGAUCAAUCAGCUUCUUGAAAUGCCAGACCUGUCAGGUGGAUGGAUUAUCUUGGGAAAGGAGAAAUGCUCACUAACAGGAAUGUAAACUAAUUUGUGCAUGACAUUUCUGGGAUAUUUUAUUUCAGCUCAUGAAGCAUGGGAUCAACACUUAUCCUAUUCUAUAGCUCAGUGGUUUUCAACCAUUUUCGAUUACUGUUCCACCCCUGAAGUACCCCCUAAUGUGCAUUUUACCAGUAAGCCUAUGGUCUCAUGAGUCUUCUCAAGUACCCCCAGGGUCCUAGAACCCCCAGUGUGUCAGAAGGUUACUGUCUGAACCAACAACAAACUGUUAGGCGUUUGCCACAAACAUUUGUUUGAGAGCAGUUUCAUUUAGAAGUAGGCCACUGCUCCUAUAGAAUAUGAGCUCAGGAGGAAACAAGACCAAUAAACCUGGCUUCUUCCACUGGCUGCUUCUUCAUUUCACAACAUUGUUCCCUAACUUUAAAGGUCUUCACUCGUAUGAUCGAACUGCAUACCGUAUAUUGUAGUUGCAUGAUGUUCACAGCAUGAUAUCCAGUGUCUCGUCAGUAUUUACAUGUCAAGGUUACACAGUACUCUGUAGUUUUAUAGGAGACUGUAUAGAAUGAGUGUACCACAGCCUUAAAGACUAUAUUUUGGGGAGAAUGUGAAGUGGAUGUGUAAUUAUUGUCUUUGUACCUCCACAUAAGCUGUUCUGCAGUAUAAAGGCUGUGACUUAUGAUGCCAGUUUCAUCUUCAGAUGUAGAAUGCCCUUCCAUGUUCUGACAAAAUGGAUGCUAAACCCAUCUGAAUCAAUGCUGUCAUUUUGAUCAUGUGUUCAUAUAGGCCUUGUUCUGUCAUCAUAUAGGCCUUGUUCUGUCAUCAUGUAGGCCUUGUUCUGUCAUCAUGUAGGCCUUGUUCUGUCAUCAUGUAGGCCUUGUUCUGUCAUCAUGUAGGCCUUGUUCUGUCAUCAUGUAGGCCUUGUUCUGUCAUCAUGUAGGCCUUGUUCUGUCAUCAUGUAGGCCUUGUUCCUGUUCAUCUGUAGGCCUAGUUCUGUCAUCAUGGUAGGCCUAGUUCUGUCAUCAUGUAGGCCUUGUUCUGUCAUCAUGUAGGCCUUGUUCUGUCAUCAUGUAGGCCUUGUUCUGUCAUCAUGUAGGCCUUGUUCUGUCAUCAUGUAGGCCUUGUUCUGUCAUCAUGUAGGCCUUGUUCUGUCAUUAGAGAGCAAAUGCAUUGUUGCGUAUUUGAGUUGGCUGCUACAGCCUCCCCCCUCCUCUCUGUUGGGCUGCUACGUCCUGCGCCUCUUUCGUCAUCUUGUUGGCCUUGUUCUGUCACUCUAGCCCUGUUCCAUUGCUUUCUUUGUUGGCUGCUACAGCCUCCCCCCUCCUCUCUCUGUUGGCUGCUACAGCCUCCCCCCUCCUCUCUCUGUUGGCUGCUACGCCUCCUCUCUCCCCUCUCUUUGCUGCUACCUCCCCCCUCCUCUCUCUGUUGCUGCCUCUAGCCUCUCCCCCUCCCUCUCCUGCUCUCCUCCUCUCUCUGGCUUUCGCCCUCCCUCUCCCCCCCCUCCUCUGUUGCUGCUACACCUCCCCCUCCCCCUCCUCUCUGUCCGGCCUUUUGCCACCCUCUCUCCCCCCUUUCGCCCUCUCCUCUUCUCCCUUCCGUGCUCCCCCCUUCUCUCUCCCCCCUCUCUUCCCCCUCUCCUCUAUCUCUCCCCCCCUUUCCCCCUCUCCUCAUCUCUCUCCCCCCUUUCCCCCUCUCCUCUAUCCUCUCCCCCCUUUCCCCCUCCCUCAUCCUCUCACCCCCUUUCCCCUUCUCCUCUAUCGCUCCCCCCCUUUCCCUUCCCCCUCUCCUCUAUCUCUCCCCCCCUUUCCCCGCGCCUCUCCUCUAGUCUCUCCCCCCCUUUCCCCUCCUCCUCUCUCUCCCCACCCUUUCCCCCCUAUCCUCAUCCUCCCCCCUUUCCCCCCCUCUCUGCCUCCCCAUCUCCAGAUCCAAAGGACCCUAUAGCCAUUGAGCGGUUGAACCUGAUGAACAUGGCUAAGCUGAGCAUCAAGGGCCUGAUUGAGUCGGCCCUGAACCUGGGCCGAACCCUGGACUCCGACUACGCUCCGCUGCAGCAGUUCUUCGUGGUCAUGGAGCACUGCCUCAAACACGGACUCAAAAGUAAGGAGACGUUACAGCUACCUAAUGUUGUUGUUUGUUCCAGCCUGGUCCCAGAUCUAUUUGUGCCGUCUUAACCAGACAAUCUGGGACCGGGCUGUUUGUUCUAGAUGCUUGUUCCUCCAUGGAGUGCACUCGUCUUCAUAACAGUCACAUCCCUUCUGGACCAUUUCCUAUACAGUUAUGAUAAUGAUUCUCAUAAGCCAAGGAUGUACAGUGGCCUUCAGAAAGUUUUCACACCCCUUUUAUUUUUUCCACUUUUUCUUCUUACAGCCUGAAUUUAAAAUGGAUUAAAUUGAGAAUGUGUGUCACUGGCCUACACACCAUACCCGAUAAUGUCGAAGUGGAAUUAUGUUUUUAGAAUAUGUUUUAGUUUUUAGUUUACAAAUUAAUUAAAAAUGAAAAGCUGAAAUGUCUUGAGUCAAUAAGUAUUCAACCCUUUGUUAUGGCAAGCCAAAUAGUUCAGAUAAAAAUUGCUAACAAAAUAAAUAAUAUAAUAUGCCAUUUAGCAGACGCUUUAUCCAAAGCACUUACAGUCAUGCGUGCAUAAUUUUUUUUGUGUAGGGUGUCCCGGGAUCGAACCCACUACCUGGCGUUACAACGCCGUGCCUAAAGCUGAGCUAAGAGGACCACUACAUCACAUAAUAAGUUGCAUGGACUCACUCUGUGUGAAUAAUAGUGUUUAACAUGAUUUUUGAAUAGCUACCUCAUCUCUGUACCCCACACAUACAAUUAUCUGUAAUGUCCCUCAGUCGAGCAGUGAAUUUCAAACACAGAUUCAACAGCAAAGACCAGGGAGGUUUUACAAUGCCUCAUAAGAAGUGAACCUAUUGGUAGAACACAGGCAUUGAAUAUCCCUUUGAGCACGGUGAAGUUGUUAUUAAUUACACUUUGGAUGGUGUAUCAAUACACCCAGUCACUACAAAGAUACAGGCGUCCUUCCUAACUCAGUUGCCGGAGAGGAAAUAACCACUCAGGGAUUUCACCAGGAGACCAAUGGUGACUUUAAAACAGUUAGUUUAAUGGCUGUGAUAGGAGAAAAUUGAGGAUGGAUCAACAAUAUUUUAGUUACUCCACAAUACUAACCUAAAUGACAGAGUGAAAAGAAGGAAGCCUGUACAGAAUAAAAAUAUUCAAAAACAUGCAAACCUGUUUACAAUAAGGCACUAAAUUAAAACAGCAAAAACUGUGGCAAAGAAAUUAACUUUAUGUCCUGAAUACAAAGCGUUGUGUUGGAUUUGCCCCAAACAUAACACAUCACUGAGUACCACUCUUCAUAUUUUCAAGUACGGUGGUGGCUGCAUCAUGUCAUGGGUUUGCUUGUCAUCGGCAAGGACUAGGGAGUUUUUUAGGAUACAAAGAAACGGAAUAGAGUUAAGCACAGGCAAAAUCCUGGAGGAAAACAUGGUUCAGUCUGCUUUCCACCAGACACUGGGAGAUGAAAUCACCUUUCAGCAGGACAAUAACUUAAAACACAAGGCAAAAUAUACAGUGGAGUUGCUUACCAAUACAAUAUUGAAUGUUCCUGAGUGGCCUAGUUACAGUUUUGACUUAAAUCGGCUUGAAAAUCUAUGGCAAGACCUGAAAAUGUCUGUCUAGCAACGAUCAACAACCAAAUUGACAGCCCUUGAAUAAUUAAAAAAAGUAUAAUGUGCAAAUGUUGCACAAUCCAGGUGUGUAAAGCUCUUAGAGACUUGCCCAAAAAGACUCACAGCUGCAAUCACUGCCAAAGGUGAUUCUAACGUAUUGACUCAGGGGUGUGAAUAAUUAUAUAAAUGAGAUAUUUCUGUUUCAUUUUCAAUAAAUUUGAAAAAAUAUCUAAUCAUGUUUUCACUUUGUUAUAAUGGGGUAUUGUGUGUAGAUGGGUGAGGGGAAAUCAAUUGAAUCCAUUUUGAAUUCAGGCUGUAACACAACAAAAUGUGCAAUACGUCAAGGGUUAGGAAUACUUUCUGAAGACGCUGUACUUAAAAGCAGAGAGCGCUGUUUAGCCCCAGAGGUUUUAAGCAUAAAGGAAACGAAAGCUUUCUUGGUCACAGCCAGUCCCUCUGCCUAACACCCCUCCUCCUCUGCUUGUCCUGGAACACCCUUCCUCUACCAACCCCCUCAGCCAAGAAGACGUUCCUGGGGCAGAACAAGUCUUUCUGGGGGGCCCUGGAGCUUGUGGAGAAACUCACCCCUGAGGCUGGAGAGAUCACGGCCAGCGUCAAAGACCUGCCAGGACUCAAGUAAGACUGCCUCUCCCUAUAAUGCCACCCCCAACAUCCUCUUCCUAUGUCCUGUCCUCUUUUCCCAUUUUUAAAUCUAAAUAUUGAAGCUCUAUAUUUCUGUCUAUAUUCUUUAAUGUUUUAGCCCAGCUGUUGGCGAUGGUUAGAUUAGAACGGUAGACUGUCACCCACAGUUCACUUGGUAUCUGAUAUGCUGUGAAAGUCCCACCUACUUCCUGGUGCGAGUCCCAUACUGUUUUUGGUGAAUGUGCUUCAAGCUUACAUCGUCAAAUUCAUGACAACGUGGUCAUUUAAGAUGUACAAUUACUACAUUUUAGUCGUUUAGCAGACUCUCUUAUCCGGAUCGAUUUAGUUAGUGCCUUCAUCUUAAAGACGUCCUGAUUUUAAAAAAAACUUUUCCUGUUGAAAAGUGAUAUCCCAAGUACAGUAAAGUACACACACUAAAGGGUAAAAAAAAUUAUGUUUUGCUCAAAACAGUAUUUUUUGUUGUUGUCAAGGAGUUGGGCUGAUGGGAAUCUGUGAUGUCAUCAGCCUCCCCACUUGCUUGAGGAGCAAUAGAGAACAAAAGAGGAAAGCCCCCCCCCCCCCCCCCCCCGCUUGUGAUGUCACGACAUACCUGGACCACCUAUUGAGAUGUUCCUUUUGUUAAGUAAAUCAGGUGUUAAAUGAGGUGAAAAGGAGCCUGGAGUGCCACUUUCAGAUAGCUAGGUGGGACCACAUAUCUCAGUCAUAGUAAGCUGUCAGCAUAGUCAGUGCUAGUAGGGGGAGAAAAAAGUCAAGUGUGAGUGUUAGUUCACGAAAGGGGUGGCCAAGAGAACAGAGGUGGCAGAACUGAGUACAGGCAGAGAUAUCUGCCAGGCGUACGGAGAUGCGUGUCGCCACCUGAGUGUCAGAAGGGGUGAAGGAUAAAAGUUGAGUGUCAUCCGCAUAGCAAUGAUAGGAGAGACCAUGUGAGGAUAUGAUGGAGCCGAGUGACUUGGUGUAUAGAGUGAAGAGGAGAGGGCCUAGAACCGAGCCCUGGGGGACACCAGUAGUGAGAGUACGUGGUGCAGACACAGAUCCUCUCCACGUCACCUGGUAGGAGCGGCCUGCCAGGUAGGAUGCAAUCCAAGAGUGUGCAGAGCCUGAGACGCCCAGCCCUGAGAGGAUGGAGAGGAGGAACUGAUGGUUCACGUGUCAAAGGCAGCGGAUAGAUCUAGGAGGAUGAGAACAGAGGAGAGCGAGUCAUCUUUGGCAGUGCGGAGAGCCUCCGUGAUCGUCUCGGUUGUAUGACCCGUCUUGAAGCCUGACUGUUUAGGGUCAAGAAGAUAAUUCUGAGAGAGAUAGCGAGUGUUUUGGAAAGGAGGGGACGCAGCCAGGAGAUGAGGAAUAGUAGAAGGUCUCCAGAGAUGGUCUGGAGAAGGGAGGAGGGGAUGGGGUCGAGCGGGCAGGUUGUCGGGCAGCCAGACAUCACUAGUCUCAGGAUUUCAUCUGGAGAGAGAGGGGAGAAAUAGGUCAAGGAGUAGGGUAGUUCUGUGGGAGGUGGACUCAAUAGGCAGAAUGAAUGAGGAGCGGAUGUCGUCAACCUUCUUUUCAAAGUGGUUUUCAAAGUCGUCCGCAGAGACUGAGGGAGUGGAGGAUUAACCUCUAAAAGUCUAGGCCUUUAGCUACCUGCGAUGCAGUGCCUUAGACCGCUGCGCCACUCGGGAGGCCAAUAUUUUUGUUUUAUGAAUACAUAUUUAACCCCUUUUUUGGGGGUUGGCACAAAACGUCUUCCAUUCAUGUUUUAAACCGGUACCGGUUACCUUCAGACGAGUCCCGUGACACUUGUGGGGGUCGUUGGGCAAAACAGAGAACACCACCGUUUGGACGCCACAGACGUUUUCGUGAGAAGACCGGUUUUCGGGACGUCUCCUGGUCUGACAAACACUGCUGUAGCUCUGCCACCUUUCACCGCAGAUGCGGAAGGCCGACACAGGUGGAGGCAGUGGAUUGAUACACAGCCCACGCAUGGGUGCGUCAAUAUACUUUUAAGGAUUUAAGGAGGGAGAAGGUGGGAAAAGAGUUUCCUUGACAUUUCGUGUGAUAGAAAGUGGCUUUAGCAGCGGAUACAGAAGGAUGUGUAGUCCCAACAGCAACCUCCUGUAGCUCAGUUGGUAGAGCAUGGCGCUUGCAACGCCAGGGUAGUGGGUUCGUUUCCCACGGGGGGCCAGUAUGAAAAAUGUAUGCACUCACUAACUGUAAGUCGCUCUGGAUAAGAGCGUCUGCUUAAAUGACUAAAACGUUUUUUUAAAUGUAGAGGGGAGGGAGUGAAAGAAUGAUAGGUCCUCCGGAAGUUUCGUUUUCCUCAAAUACAUCUGGUCUUAUCAUCAGGUGAAUGAUAGUUUUCCUCAUACAUCUGGUCUUAUCAUCAGGUGAAUGAUAGUUUUCCUCAUACAUCUUGUCUUAUCAUCAGGUGAAUGAUAGUUUUCCUCAUACAUCUGGUCUUAUCAUCAGGUGAAUGAUAGUUUUCCUCAUACAUCUGGUCUUAUCAUCAGGUGAAUGAUAGUUUUCCUCAUACAUCUUGUCUUAUCAUCAGGUGAAUGAUAGUUUUCCUCAUACAUCUGGUCUUAUCAUCAGGUGAAUGAUAGUUUUCCUCAUACAUCUUGUCUUAUCAUCAGGUGAAUGAUAGUUUUCCUCAUACAUCUGGUCUUAUCAUCAGGUGAAUGAUAGUUUUCCUCAUACAUCUUGUCUUAUCAUCAGGUGAAUGAUAGUUUUCCUCAUACAUCUGCUCUUAUCAUCAGGUGAAUGAUAGUUUUUCCUCAUACAUCUUGUCUUAUCAUCAGGUGAAUGAUAGUUUCCUCAUACAUCUUGUCUUAUCAUCAGGUGAAUGAUAGUUUUCCUCAUACAUCUUGUCUUAUCAUCAGGUGAAUGAUAGUUUUUCCUCAUACAUCUUGUCUUAUCAUCAGGUGAAUGAUAGUUUUCCUCAUACAUCUGGUCUUAUCAUCAGGUGAAUGAUAGUUUUCCUCAUACAUCUUGGUCUUAUCAUCAGGUGAAUGAUAGUUUUCCUCAUACAUCUGGUCUUAUCAUCAGGUGAAUGAUAGUUUUCCUCAUACAUCUUGUCUUAUCAUCAGUGAAUGAUAGUUUUCCUCAUACAUCUUGUCUUAUCAUCAGGUGAAUGAUAGUUUUCCUCAUACAUCUGUCUUAUACAGUGAUGAUAGUUUCAUUAAUCAUCAGGUGAAUGAUAGUUUUCCUCAUACAUCUUGUCUUAUCAAUCAGGUGAAUGAUAGUUUUUCCUCAUACAUCUGGUCUUAUCAUCAGGUGAAUGAUAGUUUUUCCUCAUACAUCUGGUCUUAUCAUCAGGUGAAUGAUAGUUUUCCCUCAUACAUCUGGUCUUAUCAUCAGGUGAAUGAUAGUUUUCCUCAUACAUCUGGUCUUAUCAUCAGGUGAAUGAUAGUUUUCCUCAUACAUCUUGUCUUAUCAUCAGGUGAAUGAUAGUUUUCCUCAUACAUCUUGUCUUAUCAUCAGGUGAAUGAUAGUUUUCCUCAUACAUCUUGUCUUAUCAUCAGGUGAAUGAUAGUUUUCCUCAUACAUCUUGUCUUAUCAUCAGGUGAAUGAUAAUGGCAAACAGAAGUAAUAAACAUUAAAAAGAAUGAAUAGAUUUAGUAGACAGCUUCAUUAUGUUGACCUCCCCACAGUUCAUUGGAAGAGGAAGUGUGAACUCUAACAUAGUAUAUUAGCUAGAAAGGUGUCUUGGUGGCGUGGAGAUACAAUUCUACACAUUAUUCCAUUGAGCUGAGAGUUUUUGCAGUUUUGAAGCAAAUUUCCUGCAAUUCUAUGCAUUUUGCCAUGGAUAAUGCAGUGUUCCUCUGCUCAAACAUAUCAAAAUCAAUGGGCAUAUGCCCGGUCCCCCUGACUGUCUAGCUUUUAUUUGAUUGUAAGUUCUCAAAGAUGGUAUUAUUUAAAUAAUAUAUAGUUCAAUAUCUUUUCUGCAUGCUUUCUAUCAUCUGGGUUUGGUUGUUUAAGUUGACACUGAAACGGUUUUUCCAUCCCCAAAAUUAAUCCACGAAUACAAAUGUAAUUUUACAUAUUUUAAAUGACCGUUUUCAUGAAUUUGAUGAAAUAAGCUUGAAGCUCGAAAACAGACUUGUAGUAGGUAGGACUUUCAUAGGGUAUUGAUGUUAACGUGUCACACGCUAUCUGAUUGGUGUAAAUCCCUGUCACUCACCGUUCAGUUGAUAUGUGAUUGGCGUAAACGAACCCCUGUCAUAGACUAUCUGAUUUAUGUCACUCACCAGAACCCCGUUAGGAAGAGGGCGGGCCUGGCUGCGAUUGGCCCUGAUGCAGAAGAAGCUGUCAGACUACAUGAAGACCAUCAUCAACAGAAAGGACCUGCUCAGGUGUGUGUGAGAGCGAGAGCAUACGUUGCCAGUGAGUUGUUCAAUGAGGCCAAUGGUGUGUGUGUGUGUGUGUGUGUGUGUGUUAACAGUGAGUUCUACGAGGCCAAUGCUCUCAUGAUGGAGGAAGAGGGAGCCGUGAUCGCCGGACUGCUGGUUGGGUUGAACGUCAUCGAUGCCAACCUCUGUAUGAAGGGAGAAGACCUGGACUCACAGGUUAUUCUACACUAUACAUUUACAGUGUAGUCUUUACACAGAAUGCAGUAUAAUAUACAUUUACAGUGUAGUCUUUACACAGAAUACAGUACAAUAUACACUUACAGUGUAGUCUUUACACAGAAUACAGUACAAUAUACAUUUACAGUGUAGUCUUUACACAGAAUACAGUACAAUAUACACUUACAGUGUAGUCUUUACACAGAAUACAGUAUAAUAUAUAUUUACAGUGUAAUCUUUACACAGAAUACAGUAUAAUAUACAUUUAUAGUGUAGUCUUUACACAGAAUACAGUACAAUAUACAUUUACAGUGUAAUCUUUACACAGAAUACAGUACAAUAUACAUUUACAGUGUAGUCUUUACACAGAAUACAGUAUAAUAUACAUUUACAGUGUAGUCUUUACACAGAAUACAGUAUAAUAUACAUUACAGUGUAGUCUUUACACAGAAUACAGUACAAUAUACAUUUACAGUGUAGUCUUUACACAGAAUACAGUAUAAUAUACAUUUACAGUGUAGUCUUUACACAGAAUACAGUACAAUAUACAUUUACAGUGUAGUCUUUACACAGAAUACAGUGUAGUCUUUACACAGAAUACAGUACAAUAUACAUUUACAGUGUAGUCUUUACACAGAAUACAGUACAAUAUACAUUUACAGUGUAGUCUUUACACAGAAUACAGUAUAAUAUACAUUACAGUGUAGUCUUUACACAGAAUACAGUAAUAUAUCAUUUACAGUGUAGUCUUUACACAGAAUACAGUACAAUAUAAUUUACAGUGUAGUCUUUACACAGAAUGCAGUACACUAUAAUUACAGUGUAGUCUUUACACAGAAUCAGUACACUAUAUAUUACAGUGUAGUCUUUACACAGAAUGCAGUACACUAUAUAUUUACAGUGUAGUCUUUACACAGAAUACAGUAUAAUAUAUAUUUACAGUGUAGUCUUUACACAGAAUACAGUACAAUAUAUAUUUACAGUGUAGUCUUUACACAGAAUGCAGUACACUAUAUAUUACAGUGUAGUCUUUACACAGAAUGCAGUACACUAUAUAUUACAGUGUAGUCUUUACACAGAAUGCAGUACACUAUAUAUUACAGUGUAGUCUUUACACAGAAUGCAGUACACUAUAUAUUACAGUGUAGUCUUUACACAGAAUACAGUACACGAUAAGUACACCUUCCUAAUAUUGAGUUGCACUCCCUUUUGCCAUCAGAACAGCCUCAAUUUGUCGAGGCAUAAACUACUAGGUGUCGAAAGCGUUCCACAGGGAUGCUGGCCCAUGUUGACUCCAAUGCUUCCCACAGUUGUCAAGUUGGCUGGAUGUCCUUUGGGUGGUGGAACAUUCUUGAUACACACGGGAAACUGUUGAGUGUAAAACACCCAGCAGUGUUGCAGUUCUUGACACAAACCGGUGCGCCUGGCACCUACUACCAUACCCCGUUUAAAGGCACUUAAAUAUUUUAUCUUGCCCAUGUCUCAAUUGUCUAAAGGCUUAAAAAUCCUUCUUUAACCUGUCUCCUCCCCUUCAUCUACACUGAUUGAAGUGGAUUUAACAAGUGACAUCAAUAAGGGAUCAUAGCUUUCACCUGGUCAGUCUGUCAUGGAAAGAGCAGGUGUUCAUAAAGUUUUGUCCACUCAGUGUAGUCUGUACACCGCAACCAACGUCUGUCUGUCUGUCUGAAGGGAGAAGACCUGGACUCACAGGUUGAUCUGUUGGACCAUAUGGAUAUACAGAGCCUUCGGAAAGUAUUCAGAUCCCUUGACUUUUUCCAGAUUCUGUUAGGUUACAGCCUUAUUCUAAAAUUGAUUAAAUUGUUUUUUCCCCCUCAUCAAUCUACACAAAAUACCCCAUAAUGACAACGCAUAAACAGAUUUUUGGGAAAAAUGUUGUUGCUAAUUUAUGAAAAAUAAAAAAACAGAUAUCACAUUUAGAUAAGUAUUCAGACCCUUUACUCAGUACUUUGUUGAAGCACCUUUGGCAAUGAUUACAACCAUGAGUCUUAUUGGGUAUGACGCUACAAGCUUGACACAGCUCUAUUUGGAGAUUUUUUUCCCAUUCUUCUCUGCAGAUCCUCUCAAGCUCUGUCUGGUUGGAUGGGGAGCGUUGCUGCACAGCUAUUUUCAGGUCUCUCCAGAGAUGUUUGUUCGGGCUCUGGCUGGGCCACUCAAGGACAUUCAGAGACUUGUCCCGAAGCUACUCCUGUGUUGUCUUGGCUGUGUGCUUAGGGUCAUUGUCCUGUUGGAAGGUGCUUAGGGUCAUUGUCCAGUCUGAGGUCCUGAGUGCGCUGGAGCAGGUUUUCAUCAAGGAUCUUUCUGUACUUUGCUCCCUCGAUCCUGACUAGCCUCCCAGUCCCUGCCGCUGAAAAACAUCUCCACAGCAUGAUGCUGCCACCACCAUGCUUCACCGUAGGGAUGGUGCCAGGUUUCCUCCAGACGUGACACUUUGCAUUCAGACCAAAGAGUUCAAUCUUGGUUUCAUCAGACCAGAGACUCUUGUUUCUCAUUGGCUGAGUCUUUAUGUGCCUUUUACUGAGGAGUGGAUUCCGUCUGGCAACUCUACCAUAAAGGCCUGAUUGGUGGAGAGCUGCAGAGAUGGUUGUCCUUCUGGAAAGUUCCCCUAUCUCCACAGAGGAACUCUGGAGCUCUGUCCGAGUGACCAUCGGGUUCUUGGUCACCUCCCUGACCAAGGCCCUUCUCCCCCGAUUGCUCAGUUUGGCCGGUCGGCCAGCUCUAGGAAGAGUCUUGCUUGUUCCAUUUAAGAAUGAUAGAGGCCACUGUGUUCUUGGGGACCUUCAAUGCUGCAGAAAUUUUUUGGUACCCUUCCCCAGAUCUGUGCCUCGACACAAUCCCGUCUCGGAGCUCUACGAACAAUUCUUUGACCUCAUGUCUUGGUUUUUGCUCUGACAUGCACUGUCAACUGUGGGACCUUAUAUAGACAGGUGUGUACCUUUCCAAAUCAUGUCCAAUCAAUUGAAUUUACCACAGGUGGACGCCAAUCAAGUUGUAGAAACAUCUCAAGGAUGAUCAAUGGAAACAGGAUGCACCUGAGCUCAAUUUCGAGUCUCAUAGCAAAGGGUCUGAAUACUUAUGUCAAUAAGUUAUUUCUGUUUUUUUUUAUUUUUUAUAAAUCUGCAAAGAUGUCAAGUCUGUUUUCACUUUCAUUAUGGGGUAUUGUGUGUAGAUUGAGGAUUUUUAUUUAUUUAAUCAAUUUUAGAAUAAGGCUGUAACGUAAUAAAAUGUGGAAAAGGUCAAGGGGUCUGAAUACUUUCCAAAGGCACUGUAUGCAGUAUUACAUUUAUUUGACCGGGACAAUGCACAUCAGUCAACAUCUCUAUAAAUGUGCCAGAUUUAUCCAGCCAGCUAGUUUUCAACUAUAGACCCUGAUUCUGUGGUUCUUUAGAACUGAAGCGUUAAUACCAGUGUCUGUUAUUUCCUGUGCAGGUCGGGGUGAUAGACUUCUCCAUGUAUCUUAAGGACGGGGUUCACAGCAGCAAGACAGUAGAAGGGUGAGUUCCUCCUCUCCUCAUCUUGAGGAAACAACCCUCUGGAAGGAGACACGGCCCUAGUGUUAGCCUUGAGGAAACAACCCUCUGGAAGGAGACACGGCCCUAGUGUUAGCCUUGAGGAAACAACCCUCUGGAAGGAGACACGGCCCUAGUGUUAGCCUUGAGGAAACAACCCUCUGGAAGGAGACACGGCCCUAGUGUUAGCCUUGAGGAAACAACCCUCUGGAAGGAGACACGGCCCUAGUGUUAGCCUUGGUCUAAACAACCCUCUGGAAGGAGACACGGCCCUAGUGUUAGCCUUGAGGAAACAACCCUCUGGAAGGAGACACGGCCCUAGUGUUAGCCUUGGUCUAAACAACCCUCUGGAAGGAGACACGGCCCUAGUGUUAGCCUUGAGGAAACAACCCUCUGGAAGGAGACACGGCCCUAGUGUUAGCCUUGAGGAAACAACCCUCUGGAAGGAGACACGGCCCUAGUGUUAGCCUUGGUCUAAACAACCCUCUGGAAGGAGACACGGCCCUAGUGUUAGCCUUGAGGAAACAACCCUCUGGAAGGAGACACGGCCCUAGUGUUAGCCUUGAGGAAACAACCCUCUGGAAGGAGACACGGCCCUAGUGUUAGCCUUAAUCUGUCAGUUGCUGCAUGUUUCAACGUUCUCCCUGAACGAGGUGUUUGCUGCUUACCUCUUCUCUUUUCAUCUCGACUCCCUCUCUCCCUCCCUCCCUCCCUCCCUCCCUCCCUCCCUCCCUCCCUCCCUCCCUCCCUCCCUCCCUCCCUCCCUCUCUCCCUCCCUCCCUCCCUCCCUCCAGGGAUGGACAGAUCACAGCCAUCCUGGACCAGAAGAACUAUGUUGAGGAGCUGAACAGACACCUGAGUGCUUCAGUCAACAACCUGCAGGCCAGAGUAGACACUAUGGAGAAGUCCAACACCAAGCUCACAGAAGAGGUGGGCUGGUUAGUUUCUACCACAUUCUCAUUUCUAACAGGCAUUUCUGCCCACUACACCAUGGAUGGGGUCGAGAGGUGUUUUGGGUUUUUAAGUCCCACUGCUGUGUGUUGUCUGUCCAGCUUGCCGUAGCCAACAACAGGAUCAUCACCCUACAAGAGGAUGUAGAACGAGUCAAGGAGGAGAGCGCCUACCAGAUAGAGUCAAGUCGCAAGGUUGUCCACCCCUCAAAACAUCUUUAGAAAUAUCCCUUAUGUAGGGUGUAAUUGACUGUAUGUAGGGUGUAAUUGACUGUAUGUAGGGUGUAAUUGACUGUAUGUAGGGUGUAAUUGACUGUAUGUAGGGUGUAAUUGACUGUAUGUAGGGUGUAAUUGACUGUAUGUAGGGUGUAAUUGACGGUAUGUAGGGUGUAAUUGACUGUAUGUAGGGUGUAAUUGACUGUAUGUAGGGUGUAAUUGACUGUAUGUAGGGUGUAAUGACUGUAUGUAGGGUGUAAUUGACUGUAUGUAGGGUGUAAUUGACUGUAUGUAGGGUGUAAUUGACUGUAUGUAGGGUGUAAUUGACUGUAUGUAGGGUGUAAUUGACUGUAUGUAGGGUGUAAUUGACUGUAUGUAGGGUGUAAUUGACUGUAUGUAGGGUGUAAUUGACUGUAUGUAGGGUGUAAUUGACUGUAUGUAGGGUGUAAUUGACUGUAUGUAGGGUGUAAUUGACUGUAUGUAGGGUGUAAUUGAACUGUAUGUAGGGUGUAAUUGACUGUAUGUAGGGUGUAAUUGACUGUAUGUAGGGUGUAAUUGACUGUAUGUAGGGUGUAAUUGACUGUAUGUAGGGUGUAAUUGACUGUAUGUAGGGUGUAAUUGACUGUAUGUAGGGUGUAAUUGACUGUAUGUAGGGUGUAAUUGACUGUAUGUAGGGUGUAAUUGACUGUAUGUAGGGUGUAAUUGACUGUAUGUAGGGUGUAAUUGACUGUAUGUAGGGUGUAAUUGACUGUAUGUAGGGUGUAUUGACUGUAUGUAGGGUGUAAUUGACUGUAUGUAGGGUGUAAUUGACUGUAUGUAGGGUGUAAUUUGACUGUAUGUAGGGUGUAAUUUGACUGUAUGUAGGGUGUAAUUGACUGUAUGUAGGGUGUAAUUGACUGUAUGUAGGGUGUAAUUGACUGUAUGUAGGGUGUACAUUGACUGUGUGUAGGGUGAAUUGACGGUAAUGUAGGGUGGUAAUUGACUGUAUGUAGGGUGUAAAUUGACUGUAUGUACGGGUGUAAUUGACAUGUGUGUAGGGUGUAAUUGACUGUAUGUAGGGUGUAUUGACUGUAUGUAGGGUGUAAUUGACUGUAUGUAGGGUGAAAUUGACUGUAUGUAGGGUGUAAUUGACUGUAUGUAGGGUGUAAUUGACUGUAUGUAGGGUGUAAUUGACUGUAUGUAGGGUGUAAUUGACUGUAUGUAGGGUGUAAUUGACUGUAUGUAGGGUGUAAUUGACUGUAUGUAGGGUGUAAUUGACUGUAUGUAGGGUGUAAUUGCUGUAUGUAGGGUGUAAUUGACUGUAUGUAGGGUGUAAUUGACUGUAUGUAGGGUGUAAUUGACUGUAUGUAGGGUGUAAUUGACUGUAUGUAGGGUGUAAUUGACUGUAUGUAGGGUGUAAUGUGUCUUUUAUAAAGCUUUAUAACUGUGGUAUGCAGGGUGUAAUAAUUCUGUUGUAUAUUGUGUAAUGUGCCCCAGGCGUCGCGGUCAGGGGACGGCUCGGCAGACGGCCAGGAGCUUGGAGAGACACGCAAACAGCUGAAGGAAGAAACUCUGCUACGAUUGGUCAGUUUCUCGCUCUCUUUUUGCCCCUUUUUAUUCUUGACAUGGAUCAGAUAUUUCCUCCAUUCCUCAUUUCCCCCUCAGGACAUGGAGAAGGAGUUGGAGGUGCAGAUAGUCCCUCCAUCCUCCAUUCAUCCUUCCCUCCAUCCCCAUCAGGGUGUAGAGGUUCAAAUCAUCCAUCCUCCAUCCAUCCCUCUCUCCCUGCACCCCAUACUAACCCAUCGCUGUCCCCCUCCAGGAUGUAGAGAAGGAGUUGGAGGUGCAGAUAGUCCCUCCAUCCCUCCAUCCCCAUCAGGGUGUAGAGGUUCAAAUCAUCCAUCCUCCAUCCAUCCUUCCCUCCAUCCCCAUCAGGGUGUAGAGGUUCAAAUCAUCCAUCCUCCAUCCAUCCCUCUCUCCCUGCACCCCAUACUAACCCAUCGCUGUCCCCCUCCAGGAUGUAGAGAAGGAGUUGGAGGUGCAGAUAGUCCCUCCAUCCCUCCAUCCCCAUCAGGGUGUAGAGGUUCAAAUCAUCCAUCCUCCAUCCAUCCUUCCCUCCAUCCCCAUCAGGGUGUAGAGGUUCAAAUCAUCCAUCCUCCAUCCAUCCCUCUCUCCCUGCACCCCAUACUAACCCCUCGCUGUCCCCCUCCAGGAUGUAGAGAAGGAGUUGGAGGUUCAGAUUGGUAUGAAGCAGGAGAUGGAGCUGUCUAUGAAGAUGUUAGAGACGGAUAUGUGUGAGAAACAGGAUGCUCUGGUGGAGCUGCGACAACAGCUGGAAGACCUCAGGAGCCUCAACCAGCAGCUAGCACACAAGUCGCAGGUACGCUGAUGUUAUGUUUAUCAAGAUUUGGAGCGCCUUGGGUGUAAGAAAUGCUCUUCAUAAAUAAAAUGAAUUAUUGUUCAAUUUAAUAAAUUAUUAUAUUUUUACAAAGACCGACACUAAUGCACAGACAUUUGGUAUUGGAAUUUCAGUCAACUGAAUUGAAAUGUAAUUGAUCCCAACCCUGAUGUCCACAGAGCUCGGAGGUGGGCGCCAAGCAGAAGAGUGAGGUCAUCAGUCGCCUAGAGGAGAAGACCAAUCAGAUGGCUGGGACUAUAAAACAGCUAGAGAUCAGGUGGGAGGGAACACCACCGUUACGCUCCACUCCACUACUCUCAGGGGGGGAACACCACCAUCACGCUCCACUCCACUACUCUCAGGGGGGAACACCACCGUUACGCUCCACUCCACUACUCUCAGGGGGGGGACACCACCGUUACGCUCCACUCCACUACUCUCAGGGGGGAACACCACCGUUACGCUCCACUCCACUACUCUCAGGGGGGGAACACCACCGUCACGCUCCACUCCACUACUCUCAGGGGGGGAACACCACCGUCACGCUCCACUCCACUACUCUCAGGGGGGGAACACCACCGCCACGCUCCACUCCACUACUCUCAGGGGGGGGAACACCACCGUUACGCUCCACUCCACUACUCUCAGGGGGGAACACCACCGUCACGCUCCACUCCACUACUCUCAGGGGGGAACACCACCGUUACGCUCCACUCCACUACUCUCAGGGGGGGAACACCACCGUUACGCUCCACUCCACUACUCUCAGGGGGGAACACCACCGUUACGCUCCACUCCACUACUCUCAGGGGGGGAACACCACCGUCACGCUCCACUCCACUACUCUCAGGGGGGGAACACCACCGUUACGCUCCACUCCACUACUCUCAGGGGGGAACACCACCGUUACGCUCCACUCCACUACUCUCAGGGGGGGAACACCACCGUUACGCUCCACUCCACUACUCUCAGGGGGGAACACCACCGUUACGCUCCACUCCACUACUCUCAGGGGGGAGGGGGGGAACACCACCGUUACGCUCCACUCCACUACUCUCAGGGGGGGACACCACCGUUACGCUCCACUCCACUACUCUCAGGGGGGAACACCACCGUUACGCUCCACUCCACUACUCUCAGGGGGGGAACACCACCGUUACGCUCCACUCCACUACUCUCAGGGGGGGAACACCACCGUUACGCUCCACUCCACUACUCUCAGGGGGGGAACACCACCGUUACGCUCCACUCCACUACUCUCAGGGGGGGAACACCACCGUUACGCUCCACUCCACUACUCUCAGGGGGGGAACACCACCGUUACGCUCCACUCCACUACUCUCAGGGGGGGGACACCACCGUUACGCUCCACUCCACUACUCUCAGGGGGGAACACCACCGUUACGCUCCACUCCACUACUCUCAGGGGGGAACACCACCGUUACGCUCCACUCCACUACUCUCAGGGGGGGAACACCACCGUCACGCUCCACUCCACUACUCUCAGGGGGGGAACACCACCGUCACGCUCCACUCCACUACUCUCAGGGGGGAACACCACCAUCACGCUCCACUCCACUACUCUCAGGGGGGGAACACCACCGUUACGCUCCACUCCACUACUCUCAGGGGGGGAACACCACCAUCACGCUCCACUCCACUACUCUCAGGGCUCUAAAGUGCGACUAUUUUGGUUGCAUAUUGCUCCUAAAUAUUUAGCUUGGAAUUUGAAUUGUGGAGAACCUGUGCAACUAGAAAAAAAACAAAAAAAACCACCCAGUAUAAUUGUUGUUAUGAUUGGGCUUCGCUGUACCGCUGCCUCCGAGUGCCAAACCCCGCGGGCCCGGGAAAGCAGAUCAAGUGCACCUAUAGGCCUAUGGCUGGCCAAUCAGAUAGCUCAGAUUACUGCGUCUGCAGUUUCCUCGAGCGCACAGCAAAUGUGAUACUCUGAGAUUUCAAAACUUUAAAAAAACCAGUACUAGAGAGACUGUCAACGAAUUCAGCUGCUGUUUUUAUGAGUAAGUUCAUGUUUGAAGUUGUUAUUCAGCACUGCCAGUACUGUUAUAAGCCAUGAAAUGGGCGUCCUCUCUAAUCCCACUCACACUGCAGCUGCAACGAAUGAGGAUAGCAAAGUGUUCCGAUAACCUUGUGUUGUUGUUAUUAGCGGCUAGGAUGGAUUUCAUGGACCCAGAUUAAGACAAAUCCUGGAUUCAAAGAGAAUCUCCUCUGACAAUGCUUUUUUUUGGGACAGACUCUUGCCAGUGUUUUUGACUAUCAAAUCUAAUCUGUCUAAACAUGUUUUCUUUUCAGGGCUUAAUAACUACCUUCUUCCUCUUCCACUCUCUUUCUAUUCCAUCCAUCCUUACUUUCUUUUAUUUUGCAUUCCUUGGUUCUUUGCCUCCUCUUCCUCCACCACCUCCUCCUCACAGUGAGAAGGACUGUGUGAAGCAGGCCAGAAGCUUGAGUUCCAACGCAGAGAAGCUGCUCCAGAAGCAGCAGUAAUGCUCCCUCCCCUCUACUCUGUUCCCCAAAAUGACACCCACAGCAUAGUUUCAUAAACCCUGAUCGAAAUCAUAAAACCAAUAUUUGCAUAAUAUAGAAAUGACUUAAAGGGAUACUUCAAGAUUUAGGCAAUGAGGUCCUUUAUCUACUUCUCCAGAUGAACUAGAGGAUACCAAUUGUAUCUCUCUGCGUGCAGUUUUAAAGGAAGUUGCGAACUAGCGCUAGCCCAAUCGCUAACUAACGUUAGGGCAGUGACUGGAAUGACGCUAUCGCGUCUGCUAGCAUAUACCAUAGACUUCCAGUCAUUGCGCUGACGCUAGUUAGUAAUUGCACUAGCGCUAGUUAGUAACUUCCUUCAAACUGCACGCAGAGACAUAAAAAUGGUAUCCAUGAGUUCAUCUGACUCAGGGGAAGUAGAUAAAGGACCUCAUUGCCAAAAUCCUGAAGUAUCCCUUUAACUAGGGUAUUUAUUUUCUGGUAUGACAUCAUCUGUUGCGGUUCUUUUCCUUCUGAAGUGUUAAAUUACAUUUUCUUUCCUAAACCUCUACUCUCCUGACUGAGACGGUCUCUCUGGCUUCCUCUAGCCUCGGUUCUUCCAUGUGUUUUCUGUUGGUCUACUAGUAGUGUAGAGAUGGCUCCGUUCCGCUCGCUGGGUUUCACGACUUUAGCUUGGGUUCAUUCCGAAAGGAAUAAAGAUGUCAGAUCCCCACACGUAAUUAAUGUUCCCUGAUACAAGGCUUGGAGUUUGGGAUGUCAGCCAUUUUCAGCAAGAGAGAGGUGUGCUAUUCUGACAAAUCUAAAUGGAUGCUGUCGUUUCUUGUAGAUCGAAACCCUGAAUCCCCCUACAGUCAAGGAUUGGCAAAAAUGACAAAAUACCAUAAAGAUCAAUGUAUCAAAAUAAACUACAAAAUACUUGUAUUUUGAAAUGUAUUUAAUAAAAAAACAUGUAUUUUGUAUUUUAAAAUACAGAAAUACAUUUGCAAGUAGCCGGCCCGAACAGCAGCAACAUUCUCAGCAAUGGUUACAGAAACGUUUUACUUGCUAUGACUGUGAUGUGUUGUUAUCUGCUGACUGUAAAGGCGUCCGCAUGCUUCCCAUCCCGAACAGUUCAUGCAUAUUUUGACCACAUUUUGUGCAGUUUUUUGUAAAAUUGCGGCACUAAGAUCUCCUCGGCAGAAAACUCAAGAAAUCUGUCAUUAAUUGACGUUAUCUUAGAUUAAUUUGAACUAUUUUGAGGGAAGUGUAUAACUGGCUACGGCGUCUUAAGAUGGACAAACUGUACUAUUGCUGCUUUUUUCUCAUUUUUCAAGCGACGGUCUUUUAGGGGAGUAUGGAGCAGACUCGUUCAGCCAGGCGCCAGCCGAACUCAAGGAUGUGGAAGGCUUAAGUCACUCUGGAUAAGAGUGUCUGCUAAAUGACCAAAAUGUAUAUGUGAAAAUGAACAUACCAAAAUGAACUGCAAAGCACACUGGGUAUUAUUAUUGGCCUUUUCUUUUCAGGGCGGAGCUCAUUUAAAUAAUACUCAGCAUGCUUUGCAAUUCUUCAUUUUUACAUAUUCAUUUAUAUUUAGUUCAUUUAGCAGAUGCUCUUAUCACACCAUAGCGCCAUCAGACUUCUGAUACCAAUGCAGGGUGAAAGGGGGCCACAAAAUUGUGAAUCGCUAUAAAAAAUUGUAUAGAAAAGUAUUUUGUAUUUCGAAAAUACAAAUUACAGCUUUCGAAAGUAUCUUGUUAGAAAAUACAUUGGAGUGUAGUUCAGGACAGUGUAAUACAAAUGACAAAAUACAUAAAAGUAAUUGAAAUACAUAUUUAGUAUACUGUCCAUCUCUGCCUACUGUGGCAUAGGUCCUUAGAUUAGGCUAUAAAGGGUACGGCUCAGAGACAUUUACUAUAAAAAUACAGUGGGGUCUGAAAUUAUUGACACGCUUGAAUAAGAUAAGCAAUAAUGACUGUAGAAAAUAAAUAAUUCAAAUACUGAGCUAUAUUGUAUGCUCCAAAAUUUGGGGAAAUGAUUAAUUGUUUAAUUAUUAAUUGUAUUUGCAAGUAAUAUUUUUUUUCUUCUCAAAAAGGUAGGGGUCAAAAUUGACACCCCUGUUUUCAAUACCUUUCAAUACCUCACCUUGCAAGCAUAACUGCACUGAACCUUUUUCUAAAACAUUUUAUGAGUUGGAGAACACAUUGGGAACUUAGACCAUUGGUCCAUAGACCAGCCACCAAGCCGAACUCAAGUCCUCCGUGGUCAGCUGGUAGAGCACGGCGCUUGUAACGCCAGGGUAGUGGGUUCGAUACCCGGGACCACCCAUAUGUAAAAAUGUAUGCGCACAUGACUGUAAGUCGCUUUGGAUAAAAGCGUCUGCUAAAUGGCUUAUUAUUAUUAUUAUUAUUAAGUCUAACCCCAUGGUUAGUAAAGAUCUGGGCUCCUGCAACAUAACAGUAAUUACAGUAGUAUGACGUCUGGGCCAUACUGCACACACAUUUCUGCUUCCUCGUCUAAUCUGAAUUUCGUCAAAACAUAAAGAUCACCUUUAGCAUUAAGAUCAUCGUUCUUCCGUUGCCUACCGAUGGACUUAACAUGAUCUUGGCGCUAAAGAUAUAUCUUUUGUUUUUGGGAAUCUCACCCCAGAGCACUGAACACCACGUCUACCAUUGGACAACAACUCAAAUCACCAUGGAAGGAUUUACUGGUUGUGUGAAAGGUCAGUCCAGGUCAGAAUGAGAACGCUAAAGUACUCCCAGAGAAAAGCAAGUCUAAAUGAAAUGAUGUGUAUGUGGAUUUAUUACCUUAGAUGUCAACUGUAGACAAUAAUAUUACCUUAGAUGUCAACUGUAGACAAUAAUAUUACCUUAGAUGUCAACUGUAGUCAAUACUAGCAUAAUAAAAAAUAUUCAAUCAAACUUCUACUGGUCUGGUCUGCUUCUGGAUGAUGGGAGGAGGAGUCUGUCUUUUCCCUUGACUUCCUUUUUGACGCAGCUUCUUUUAGGCCUCUUCCUGUUUCUCUUCCUGUUUCUCUUCCUGUUCCUCUCCCCUUUCUGUUGAAAUGGAGUCUCUCUACCCUCCAUGUUUUCUUCACCUUUACUUUUCAUUUUACCAUGAGUUGUUGUGGCCAUCUUUCCAUUUCAUUUGACCUAAUGUUCACAAGUUCUUUAGUUUCAUUUCUCAGUUUUGUCGUUCUCAUUUGAAGUUUAGUUCAUGAGUUAUUGUUUUUAAUUUUAAUUUUACCAUGAGUUCAUUUUACCCCCCCCCCCCCCCCGUGCAGAUCCCGUCAGGCGGAGAGGGAGAGGGACCGGGCAGCGGAGGAUAACAGACUGUUUAAACAGGAGUUUGGAGACAAGAUAGACUCUCUACAGCUGGAGGUGGAACGACUACGGAAACACAGGUAAUAAUCAGGAUCAAUACAUUUGAUUGGAUUUAUAAAACUCAUCACUGUUUCCUAUAUCAACAUGUGGGUUGGGCCUCUCUAUCUGUGAGGCGAGAGCAACAUGCUCUCCUGUUUAUUCAUAAAGCACUUCUUUUAAAACUACCUCCGUAUAUAUCAUCAUUCAUUUCCAUUAGAUAUACUAAUUUUAAAACCAGAUCACAGAUGUGGAUUACCUUAGAGACUCCUGUGGUCUCCCCAGAGUUGGGUAGGACUGCCUUCAGUUCCUUUGCACCUUAUUUAUGGAACAAACUGCAGAUCCAACUUAAGUUAGACACUCUGGUGUCCCUUGCCCAUUUAAAUUUUUUUAUGGAGGAUCAAAAUGAUGUUGUCUGUGAUUUGUUUCUGUUGAAUUGUGUUUUUGUUUUGUAUGUUUUAAAUGUUCUUGUCUGUAUGUCUAAAACUGUACAUGUCAACAUGUUUACACAGGGCACAGCCGUAAAAGAGAUCCAGGUCUCAGUCUGUUUUUCCCUGUUAAAAUAAAGAUUUAAAAAAAUAUAUAUAUAUAUAUACACACACUGAACAGAAAUAAACGCUACAUGCAACUGCGUUACAGUUAAUAUAAGGAAAUCAGUCAAUUGAAAUAAAUUGAUUAGGCCCUAAUCUAUGGAUUUCACAUGAUUGGGAAUACAGAUAUGACUGUUGGUCACAGAUACCUUUUUAAAAAUAAAUGUAGGGGCGUGGAUCAGAAAACCAGUCAGUAUCUGGUGUGACCACCAUUUGCCUCAUGCAAAUGUUGAUCAGGCUGUUGAUUGUGGCCUGUGAAAUGUUGUCCCACUUGUCUUCAAUGGCUGUGCGAAGUUGCUGGAUAUUGGCGGGAACUGGAACACGCUGUUGAUCCAGAGCAUCCCAAACAUGCUCAAUGGGUGACAUGUCUGGUGAGUAUGCAGGCCAUGGAAGAACUGGGACAUUUUCAGCUUCCAGGAAUUGUGUACAGAUCCUUUCGAAAUGGGGCUGUGCGUUAUCAUGCUGAAACAUGAGGUGAUGGCGGCAGAUGAAUGGCACGACAAUGAGCGUGGUUACACAUGGUCUGCGGUUGUGAGGCCGGUUGAACGUACUGCCAAAUUCUCUAAAACGACGUUGGAGGCAGCUUAUGGUAGAGAAAUUAACAUUUUAAUUAUCUGGUAACAGCUCUGUUGGACAUUCCUGCAGUCAGCAUGCCAAUUGCACGCUCCCUAAAAACUUGAGACAUCUGUGGCAUUGUGUUGUCUAACAAAACUGCACAUUUUAGUGGCCUUUUAUUGUCCCCAGCACAAGGUGCACCUGUGUAAUGAUCAUGCUGUUUAAUCAGCUUCUUGAUAUGCAACACCUGUCAGGUGGAUGAUUAUCUUGGCAAAGGAGAAAUGCUCACUAACAGGGAUGUAAACAAAUUUGUGCACAAAAUGUGAGAGAAAUACAAAUGUUGGGCGUAUGGAACAUUUCUGGGAUCUUUUAUUUCCAGCUCAUGAAACAUGGGACCAACACUUUACAUGUUGAGUUUCUAUUUUUGUUCAGUGUAGUUAUCAUGCUGCAGCUCGUACUGCUCUAGAGACUCAGAUUUAUUCAGUCAAUGAAUAAAUAUAUUAGUCAUUAAUUAUUUGUUCAGAUUUAGAGGUCCUGUACUUGAUAUGAAACGUGUUUGUGUCAGAUGGAGUCUGGAGCAGGAGCUGAGGAGGGGAGGUGGAGGUGGAGGUGGCCAGCACAUAGACCCUGUGUCUGGGGAGAAGAGGGCCUCAACACCCCAGGGAGACCCCAGACAGGUGGACAGCAUCAGGAAGGUACGACACCCUGCUCCUGACAACCUCCUCCUAGAAAUGACCCUGAAGUCUAUUCAAGGACUGACAUGGCCAUGUUGUUCUGUGUUGUCAUAGGAACUAGAGGCCUUCCAAAAGGACAAUGUUGUUCUGUGUUGUCAUAGGAACUAGAGGCCUUCCAAAAGGACAAUGUUGUUCUGUGUUGUCAUAGGAACUAGAGGCCUUCCAAAAGGACAAUGUUGUUCUGUGUUGUCAUAGGAACUAGAGGCCUUCCAAAAGGACAAUGUUGUUCUGUGUUGUCAUAGGAACUAGAGGCCUUCCAAAAGGAGAAUGAGCGACUAUGCAACGCGUUGGAGGCAAGAGCCAGUCUCUCGGGUUCUAACUAGUAGCAUUUUGUAUUGAAACAAUCUGUACGUCUUCGUUAGUAUGAAAACAACAUGUACAGUCUCAUGGUUUAGUAUGAAAACAACAUGUACAGUCUCAUGGUUUAGUAUGAAAACAACAUGUACAGUCUCAUUGUUUAGUAUGAAAACAACAUGUCAGUCUCAUUGGUUUAGUAUGAAACAACAUGUACAAUCUCUGGUUAGUAUGAAACAACAUUCAGUCUCAUUGGUUUACUACUGAACUUACUGUAUGUACAGUGCAGUCUCAUGGUGAUCUCCUCUCUUCGCCUCUCUCUCUCUCUCUCUCGUUCUCCUCUCUCUCUCCUGGUCUCUCUCUCUUCUACUUCCCCUCUCUCUUCUCUCUCUCUAUCGUUCUCUCUCUCUCUCUGUGUCCUAUCUCUCUCGUUCUCUCGCUCUAGGUCAUUGUCACAAAAUCAGGAUAAAGAGGUAAGAUUCCUUAAGAAUUCUCUUCUAACUACAGUCUUUCUAGAUAUCUUUGCUGUGGGCGUCUUCAUAGGAGCUCCCUUUUACAGCUGUUUCUACCAUUUGAAGUGUUAAAUAUGUAUAAUAUGUGUGCAAAGCUGUCAUCAAGGCAAAGGGUGGCUAUUUGAAGAAUCUCAAAUAUAAAAUAUAUUUUGAUUUAUUGAACACCUUUUUGGUUACUACAUGAUUCCAUUUGUGUUAUUUCAUAGUUUUGAUGUCUUCACUAUUAUUCUACAAUGUAGAAAAUAGUAAAAUAAAAACUUUUGACUGGUACUGUAUCUGUUUCUACCAUUUGAAGUGUUAAAUACAGAGCCUUCGGAAAGUAUUCAGACCCCUUGACUUUCUCCACAUUCUGUUAUGUUACAGCCUUAUUCUAAAAUUGAUUAAAUUGUUUUCCCCCCCCUCAUCAAUCUACACAAAAUACCCCAAUAAUGACAAAGCAAAAACAGGUUUUUAGAAUUUCUUGCAAAUUUAUAAAAAAUUGAAAUAUCAAAUUUACAUAAGGAUUCAGACCCUUUAAAUCGGUUCUGUGUUGAAAAACCUUUGGCAGCGAUCACAGCCUCAAGUCUUCUUGGGUAUGACGCUACAAGCUUGGCACACCUGUAUUUGGGGAGUUCCUUACAUUCUUCUCUGCAGAUCCUCUCAAGCUCUGUCAGGUUGGAUGGGGAGCGUUGCUGCACAGCUAUUUUCAGAUCUCUCCAGAGACGUUCGAUCGGGUUCAAGUCCGGGCUCUGGCUGGGCCACUCAAGGACAUUCAGAGACAUGUCCGAAGCCACUCCUGUGUUGUCUUGGCUGUGUGCUUAGGGUCGUUGUCCUGUUGGAAGGUGAACCUUCGCCCCAGUCUGAGGUCCUGAGUGCUCUGGAGCAGGUUUUCAUCAAGGAUCUCUCUGUACUUUGCUCCGUUCAUCUUUCCCUCAAUCCUGACUAGUCUCCCAGUCCCUACCACUGAAAAACAUGCCCACAGCAUGAUGCUGCCACCACCAUGCUUCACUGUAGUGAUGGUGCCAGAUUUCCUCCAUACGUGACGCUUGGCAUUCAGGACAAAGCGUUCAAUCUUGGUUUCAUCAGAACAGAGAAUCUUGUUUCUCAUGGUCUGAGAGUCCUUUAGGUGCCUUUUGGCAAACUCCAAGCGGGCUGUCAUGUGCCUUUUACUGAGGAGUGGCUUCCGUCUGGCCACUCUACCAUAAAGGCCUGAUUGGUGGAGGGCUGCAGACAUGGUUGUCCUUCUGGAAGGUUCUCCCAUCUCCACAGAGGAACUCUAGAGCUCUGUCAGGGUGACCAUCGGGUUCUUGGUCACCUCCCUGACCAAGGCCCUUCUCCCCUGAUUGCUCAGUUUGGCCGGACGGCCAGCUCUAGGAAGAGUCUUGGUGGUUCCAAACUUCUUCCAUUUAAGAAUGAUGGAGGCCUCUGUGUUCUUGGGGACCUUCAAUGCUGCAUAAAUGUUUUGGUACCCUUCCCCAGAUCUGUGCCUCGACACAAUUCUGUCUCGGAGCUCUACGGAUAAUUCCUUUGACCUCAUGGCUUGGUUUUUGCUCUGACAUGCACAGUCAACUGUGGGACCUUAUAUAGACAGGUGUGUGCCUUUCCAAAUCAUGUCCAAUCAAUUGAAUUUACCACAGGUGGACUCAAAUCAAAUUGUAGAAACAUUUCAAGGAUGAUCAAUGGGAACAGGAUGCACCUGAGCUCAAUUUCGAGUCUCAUAGCAAAGGGUCUGAAUACUUAUGGAAAUAAGAAUUUGUUUUUUAAAAUAUUUUAAUCCAUUUUAGAUUAAGGCUGUAACGUAACAAUGUGGAAAAAGGAAAGGGGUCUGAAUACUUUCAGAAUGCACUGAAUGUAUAAUAUAUCUAAUGUUUCUACCAUUUUGAAGUGUUAAAUAUGCAUAAUAUAUUUAAUGCAGAUGAUCUCUUCUCCAGGACCAGUCUUGUCUUGAGAUCAGCCAGGCGUCCAUCUGCUCUCUAUGUGAACAGGAGGAGUCCAUGACUAAGACCAAGGUACCACCUCCUCUUCUUCAGACAUGAUGACUUCCUCAAACUGACCGUGUCUCAAUCCUCCUCUUCUUCAGACAUGAUGACUUCCUCAAACUGACCGUGUCUCAAUCCAGUGUUUUACUUCCUCAUAAUCCUCCAGCUGAACUCCUUCUAGAAUAAUCAGCAUCUCUCCAGUUCUAUCUUCUGUCUAUGGAGACAGUGUAUUAACUGUUUCUCUUCUCUCUAUAGAGCCAGUGUGCUAACUGUCGAGGGGUGUUCUGUGACCGCUGUCUGACCAAUGAGCUUCCUCUUCCCUCCUCCAUCAACCCUGAACACGUCUGUGACUCCUGCUACUCACAGCUACUGCAGCAGUAUGCCUCCAGCCCACCCUGAGACACACACUUCCUGUCUCGGCCUGGAAUGCAGUGUCAUGCAGUACGCCUCCAGCCCACCCUGAGACACACACUUCCUGUCUCGGCCUGGAAUGCAGUGUCAUUCUCUACUAAAAUAUCUAAAAGGGACAGACGACUUUCGGUCUGACGACUUUACUUUUUGGGCGACCUGACCAAUUUCGCAUAGAAAUGUGAGUUAUAGAUCU